AUGUAUAUAACCACGGUCUUAAUUAGAAUAUCGUGGGUGUAGUGACUAGUGAGUGAACCACUGAAAAAUGAAAAUUGCAAUUAUUUGAAAAUAUUUCGAAAAUAUUGACUUUCUAGUUUCUAUAUUUUAAGUUUUAUUUUGAACGUCUUAUUUGUUACAUGAUUUAUUAUGUUAGCAAUGGUGUAAAGACAGUAAAAACCUAAGUGGGUACCUAAUAGCGAAUAAAAGUGUACUCUUAAUAAUAUUAGCAUUAUCCACUAAGAUUAAUUACAAUGCUGUCAAUGAAAACUUUUCGAACAUGUUAUUUGUGUCAUUGUUUAAAAAUGAUCACAUCUAAAAAUAUGUCUGUUGCAGUAAAUGAACCGAAUGUCGUACCAGAACAUUUAUGUAAUUUGGCUAAGCAGUUAAAUGUAAAAAGUUCAAUAUUAUCCAACGUUAUAAAUAACCAUCAAGAGAAAUUAAAAUUUUACACUGAAUCAAGGUGGCUAGUACUAUUUGAAUAUUUAACUCAGUAUGAUUUUAAAACAUCUGAGCUUCUAGAAAUGAUAGAUUCAAACCCAGAUAUAUUAAGUAUAAAUAGACAAAACUUAGAAAAAUGCAUGAUUGCAUGGACGAACUUUCGCUUCGAUGACAAAAAAUUAAGACAGCUAAUAAUUUCACAACCUUCUUGCUUGUUGCUGGACGAUAAGCAAAUUUUAUCCAGAAUCCCCAAACUUUUAUCAUAUGUUGGUAAUAAACAAAAUAGGUUAUUAGAAUUGAUAUCAUAUUCGCCAAAUAUUUUGUUUGACAACUGGAAACAUAUAGAGUCUAAAUUAGACUAUAUACUGUUGGACAUGGAACUUGGUCCUACUCAAUUUGUAACGACAAGUGUUAUGUCAUCAACACUUUUUGAUUUAAAGUGUAGACAUAAUUUUUUGAUUAAACUAGGUAUGUACAAACCUCGAGAUCCAAAAGCUAGUCCAAAUUUUAUAACUGGCAAUCCUUCAUUGAAAAAAAUCAUUGAAACAAGUGAUAAACAGUUUGCUGUUAAAAUUGCUGGAGUUACAGCUGAAGAAUUCUUUGUGUUUAAAAAAAUAUAUAAAAAACAAAUAGAUGAUGAGAAUGAUGAUGAUUCAGAUGAACGUGAAUAUUACAGUGAUGAUAAUUGAUUUUUAUGUGGCAUGUAUAGUUUGUAGAAUACAUUGUUAGUAUUGUGUAAAAACUAUAAAUACACCAAGAUACAUAUUUAAACAUCUACUGUAAAAAUCAUUUUAAAUUGUAUAAAAUAAAUAAAAUAUUAUGUAGACAAUUA